AUGCAUUUCACCUCACUUCUUCUCCUCCCUCUCCUCGUCGCAGCAGAUCAAGCGGCAUUGAAAGACAAGGUGGCAAAAUGGUUUGACAAGGCCAAGUCGUAUAUCCCCAGUGAAGCUCCUCCAAAUCCCAUCGAUGCUAGCACAGCCAAAGUCGCAGGGAAUGUGGUUGAGAAAAUCAACAUCCGCAAUUGGGAGCGCAGACUGUCCCCCAAGCCGGAUACCGAGGAAGAAUGGAUGGUAUACAUGACAGGAGGAAAUAAAAGUUGCUUCGGACGAUGUACACCGGUGGAUUUGAAGUGGAAUGAAUCCGUCCCUCUCCUAGCAGCCCUGCCCCAACCCGCAGGUUCUCCUCCCCUUCGUCUCGGUAUCGUCGAUUGCGAAAAGGACGAAGUUCUGUGCACCGCAUGGGCCAGCACCAUGCCGUCCGUGUAUCACUUUCAUCUUCCCAAGAAAUCUGAACCCCAAGCCAAAUCACCUUUGCACAUUGCGCCGCUGAACAUUUCCACCACCACUAUCGACGACAUCGUCUCCAUCCCCGCUGCCUCUAAGUCCCGCUACCUUGAAUACGUUGAAUACACCGGCGCCCUUCACCCGCUGGAUGGAUGGAUGGCUAAGUUCGGCCUCCUUCAGCCGUUUGGCUACGUCAUGUGGGGAAUUGGCAGCAUGCCUAGCUGGGUCAUGAUGAUUGGCAUCAGUUUCAUUUCGAGACAGAUCAUGAGUAGAAGAAUGGCUGGCGGACGCGGCAUGCCAACACCAGGCGAAGCUCAACAGGAGCCACAGGUCCGACUUGCCCCAGCUAGCCCUGCGACACCAAAGUCGGCGGGUUCGAAGAAGAAGAAAUAA